AUGACGAACUCUGCGGAUGUUAUUGUCCUGUCCUCUUCUCCAAUCCUUCUUCCGCAGACUCACACGAAGACUGCAGUCGAUUUGGAGAAGACACAUGGCAUAUCACCACGAAUUGAAACGCCACCGUCCCUGCCCUCGCCCUCGGAACUGUUCUCAUUGCCUUCGCGCUCGCGAUUCUUCCCCCAGCCAAAGGUCACGGACGACACGCCUAAGACGAAGCGCCUGACGAUGAAUAAAUCUGUCACCUCGGAUCCUAAUGACAAGGAUGCGUCGAUCAAGCUACGACGGAAAGCAAAGAAAGCAACGAAGGAGCCAAAGUCGAGCCGCCUGGGCGACAUAGAACCGGACUCCCUUGAUUUGCCGGACAACGUUGCCAAAAAAGUCACGGGACUACCGAAAAGUCGUCCACGGAAGAGCACGAAGGCCGCGAAGAGCAAAGAGUCGGGUAAUAUGACUCUAGCCGGCAAGGUAACCAAGACGAGCAGUGAACCUCAGGCAAAGAAAUCGAGCAAGACUGGGAAGAAAACUGCUGAAAUGACGUUAUCCCCCGGUGAAUUUCCUGAACAGUCUGGCUUUAAAGCGUCAAGUGCUCGGGAGAAGGAUGAGGAAUUGUAUUUGGACAAGGCCUUGAGAAGAAGAGUGGAUUGGACACCACCAAAAGAGACCGCUACGGGAGAGACUCUCGUGGUGGAAAGUGAUGACCAGCUUGAUGAAAACCCACUAAAAUGUACAACGAGUGGACUCGGAAAGCUCUUCUCGGACUAUAAUUACUCUGGGUCAAGAUCGGAGACACGCGAAAUUCGUUCAAGUUUAAUCGGCGGUGGACUGACCAAGCGAAGGCGUAUAGAGUUGGUGGACCCCCAAGUUUACCCACCGACCAACAGAGUCCUAUUGAAUGAUGAGUCUUCAGUCCAGGAGGAAGACUCAACGUCGUCCGGUUCUAAACCCAAGAAGAAGCCAAAGAGCCGGAAGCGUUUCACGACUUUGACGGCCCGAAUGACGGCGCAAUAUGCAGCCAAUGAUGCCGAAGAGGAUAUGAUGGAUGAUAUUAUCCCAGAUAUCGGAAAGGCAAAGUCUCGAAGAGGCAAAGCCAAGUCGGCGGAUAAAGAUCCUAUCUUUACUGUUCUUUCUCCCGAAGCUGCUGCCAAGUCCUUGGAAAACCAGGAUCUCAUGUUUGGGACCUGCAGUCAGUUGGAAAGGGAAGACUCUCCUCAAACCCUCAGGGAAAUGCAGCAGGCCAUUCGUGAAUCAGAGGGUCUUGUUCCUAGGGAAGGAGAACGGAACACUGCCUCGGAUGUCGUAUCUCGACGAAGUGGCACACGGAACCUAUGGUCUGUUGCUUCUCGAGACACAGAAGGGUCUUUGGUACAGACGGAGCUUCUGGACAUGAUAGAUCUCACAGACGCAUCCGAAGUCCCCAAGAAGAAAGAAAAUACCGCGGCCAUUGCAAAACUUCGUACUUCGGGAACUCGGCAGGAGGAUGAUUGGCUCGACCUUGACUUUGAGAAGCUUGAUUCAUCUUCCAAGCAGAAAUCGCAGUCCGAGAAACGUUCCAAAUCCGCGGCGAAGCCGAAACCUGCAGCCAGUUCAGAACCAGUGGCAUCCGGUCAUGACAUUCAAGCGAAUGUUGCCAGUAGUCAACGAGCAGGCUCUCAGCAGCCUUCAAUGCCGCAUUAUAGUGGAUUCACAGAUGCCGAGCUGUCCAGUCAAGUUGCUUCCUUUGGAUUCAAGUCCGUGAGAGGCCGCAAGAAGAUGAUUGAGCUGCUUCAAAAGUGCUGGGUAUCCAAGCAGGGAAGUUCGGCACCGGUGAUUUCCAGUCAAAAACAGCACGUUCCCGCCUCUGCCCAGACCGCGUCUGAAACAACAACGGCCAAAGCAAAAGGGAAGGCGAAGUCCAAGCAGAGUACCACAGUGUCCACACCAAAAAAGAGCACACAGAGAGCCUCGAAGGUCGGGAAAACUGCACAGCCAUCAUUCAUGGACGUGGAAGAAAUCCAGGAUUCCGAAGAGGAAAUCUUUCUCUCCCCAAGUCAAGUGCAAAAACGAUACACCGAACUAUUUUCCAACAAUACCAGCUCAACCCUUGAGCCUUCUCUCGAAAUCUUGACAAAGCAGUCACAACACCCGAGCCCAGCGAACCGGGAAAUCACUACUGUCAAAUCCUCACGCACUGCAAAGAAAGUGACAUCCUCAGUUGCUUCCAAAACCGACAACACAGACCCUUCCAAGUGGAGCAGUCUGCCAGAUCUAUCCAUGCAGAUCACCAAGGCUGUACGACAUCAGUCCCAGUCCUCCCAUCCGUCAACCCACGCCGGCCGAAUUCUCCCGAAAUGGCAAGAGAAGAUCGUCAUGUACGACCCGAUCAUUUUGGAAGACCUGACAACUUGGUUGAACGUGGAAGGUCUCGGUAUGGUCGGAGAAGACCGUGAAGUCAACACUGGGAUUGUGCGGAAGUGGUGCGAAAGCAGGGGGAUCUGCUGCUGCUGGAGGAAGAAUGCAAGUUGA